AUGAUUAUUUGGAAGAAGCCCAGCGUUCGCGCUGGAAACGACAAAAAUGGUCAAAAAACCAAGCAAAUGACAAGAUGUCCGCCAUCCCAUGCUCUAAUUACAAAAGGUCCCCCCGAGACCAUUUUGAAACGGUCACCCCAACUCUGGAUUGAUGAUGCCCGAUGGAACCCUGGCCAGUUGAAUCUCGAAAAACGGUCGGUCAUCAUAGUUAUGGCCUUCGAUGGCCAGACAUGCGUUUGUCAUUGUGUCGGACAUGAUGUCCGACACGGUCACGAGGCCGACAUUCCACCCACGGAGCGUCGUCAGCAGCAACCGCUGGUUGACCGCUCACACGCCGUGACGAGUACGGAAUACGUGCACCCCGUACCGACAUCGUCAUCCGCUGCUGGGUCAAAUCGAGUCGCGCGUACAGCACACCCGCUGUACUCAUGUCGUCAACCUGCACCCGCCGUGUAG